AACGGAGUCUUUACGAUGGCAGGCGAGGAGGAGAGGGUGGUCCGUGUCAAAGUCAAGAAAUGUGAUGGGGUGCUUCCUGUGGAGUUCCGCUCCUUUGCUGUUGAUCCUCAGAUAACAUCGCUGGAGGUCCUGCAGCACAUCCUCAUCAGGGCCUUUGAUUUGAACGGGAAGCGGAAUUUCGGGAUCAGCUACCUGUCUCGAGAUCGGAGUGGUGCUGAAAUGUUUCUUUCUCUGCUUUCCGACGGGGACUUGGAUGUUGCAUUUCUCAGUGCUGCCAAACCAUAUCUGCAGCUCAAGAUGGACAUAAAACCUUCAGAAGACAGUCCCGUUAUGGAGGACUGGGAUAUCAUAAGCCCCAAAGACGUGAUUGGCUCUGAGCAGCUUCUCGCAGAGAGGACUAGGUCUUUGGCAAAUGCGGCUCUUCCCUUCACCCAGUCUCUACUGUCCCAGGUGGGCCGAACCCUGUCCAAAGUCCAGCAAGCCUUCAGCUGGUCUUAUGGGGAAGAGAUCAAGCCUUUCAAGCCCCCUCUGAGCGACGCAGAGUUUCACAAUUAUCUCAAUGGACAGGGCCAGUUGACGCGCCCUGAGGAACUCCGACUGCGCAUCUACCAUGGUGGUGUGGAGCCUUCACUGCGCAAGGUUGUUUGGCGGUACCUCCUGAACGUCUACCCUGACGGACUGACUGGACAGGAAAGAAUGGACUACAUGAAGAGGAAGACGAGGGAGUACGACCAGCUGAAGAGCGAGUGGACAGCCCGGGUCAGCCACGAGGAUCUUGAAUUUAUCCGUGGAAAUGUUCUCAAAGACGUCCUGAGGACAGACCGGGCUCAUCCAUACUAUGCAGGGUCAGAGGACAGUCCACAUUUGACUGCCCUCACCGACCUGCUCACCACUUUUGCCAUCACACAUCCACAGAUAUCGUACUGUCAAGGUAUGAGUGACAUUGCCUCCCCUAUACUUGCGGUAAUGGACAAUGAGGCACAUGCCUUCAUUUGCUUCUCUGGCAUCAUGAAACGCCUGGAGGGGAACUUCCGGCCUGACGGGCAGCUCAUGUCUGUUAAGUUCCAGCAUCUAAAGCUGCUCCUGCAGUACUCGGAUCCCGAAUUCUACUCCUACCUGGUGUCCCGAGGAGCUGACGACCUGUUCUUCUGUUACCGCUGGCUGCUUCUGGAGCUCAAGCGUGAGUUCGCGUUUGACGAUGCUUUGAGGAUGCUCGAGGUUACUUGGAGCUCUCUGCCCCCAGAUCCUCCUGAAACUGAGGUGGAGCUUCUGGGACCACCAGUGGAAACCGAUGAAACCAUGUCCCGCAGAGACGAUGAAAAGACAGUUGACAAUAACCCGGGAGAUGAUAAGAUACAGAAAGAGAAGCAGCGUAGACGACAUAUGCUGAGGCCUUCAAGAGAAGAACCAGAUAUGAGCAGCAAUGCUGCCAUAGAAGGAAAAGACGGAAGCAAUGUAGGCGCUGUAAAGGAGAGCGAGGGAGGUGGAUAUGAUGUUCCUCAAGUGACCACAGAAAAGGCAGAUAUGCAGGCUCCUCCUUUUGAGAGGAAAACUAGUUUCGGGGAGUUUAAAUACUAUACUGCCCGAAAUGAAGACAGCUUUCAUAUGGUGGAUGCUGAACAGCGACAGGGUUUGGGGUCUCCAAAGUCCGUAACAGGUAUCCCGCGGCGCCAGUCCACCGUUGACAGUGAGGAGGACACAGGAGAGAGAACACCUCUCAUAAAAAACUGUGACAAUGGUUUCUCUCUGAUGUCAUCGCCUCCUCUCUUUUCUAGUGGCCUACCGAUCUGGAAAACCGGCCCCUCUGUGUCUCCCACAUCUCCACCUUCAUCCUCCAGCUGGCCAGGUGCCUCUCCAGGCUCUCCUCCGAAAUCCACAUCCUUGUCCACACCCAAUGGAAGUGAGGCCUUCCCAAGAACUAUCACAAAAGUAUUGACCUCCUCUGCCCAAAUGCUCAGCAGUACAGGGAUUAACUCGCCCAAGACCCCCACUGUGAAGACGUCAGUUGCGUCUCCCACCCACAAUCGAUCCCUGCUCUCUUCACCCAUUUUGUCCUUUGGAAGAGGCCCCUCGCUUUCUGGCAGCAGGUCGUCGCCCAGCACCACAGCUAACACUCCCAGUUCUUUGAAAGCUGAGACCACCAGCAUCAAACCGUGUUCCCUGCCGCCCCCGCAAGAGUUCGGCAAAGGCAAUCCCUUCAUGCUGUUCCUGUGCCUGUCCAUCCUGCUGGAGCACCGAGACCACAUCAUCAAGAACAGCUUGGAUUACAAUGAGCUGGCCAUGCACUUUGAUCGCCUCGUGCGGCGCCACAACCUGAGCAGGGUGCUGCAGCGGGCCAAGGCCUUAUUUGCAGACUACCUGCAGAGUGAAGUGUGGGACUCGGAAGAAGGGGACGAGGUGAGCUCGGACUCCCCGACAACAGUGAGCGCUGGUCAACAGUCCCCGUCUUCAAGCAUCUCUGCCAGGCCCAUUUACAGCCCCUUGGCAUCGCCCCCACCAUCGUCUCCCAACUCAACCUAUAACCUGGCCACCACCAUACCCUCCCCAACAGCUCCACUUUUCCUGUCUCCCACUUCCUGAUUCCAUCAUGCAUCCUGGCCUCCCAUCCUCAGUGAAGCCCUCAGUAGACUGUAGCCCAUUGGAGAUGUAGACCAACCUCUCGUGGACAGCCCUCCACAUUAAAUUGGGCCGUUAAUGAUUUUCUCAUUAUGUGAAUGCCUGAAUACGUAUGUAUAUUCCUUAUGUCUGUAAUCCUAUUUACGUUUAAUUGUUUUCUUCCACCCUUCAGGUUUAGCCAUCUUGUUGUCUGUCUUUGAAAGGGAGUGAGAGAGCUUCAUUUAUCAUCAUAUCUUGCUGAUGCAUGAAAUGUUAAACCCUGUGAUUCUGGCGUCUGACGGUCAGACAGUUUGGCUGAUUUGCCGGAACCUACGAAAGUUAAGCCGCUUGGUGCAUUUAGCCUUUGUUGUCCUUUUAUAAACUUUGUUUACAAGCUCCUGUUCUGUCCAAUAAGCCACACACGUGUCUUAACUAAAGCAUUCAUGUUAAGUUAGUUAUAAACAUAACGGAUAUCAUAUAAAUCCAGAUUUAUUGUCAGCGUGUCUCAAUGUAAACUGAUGACAACACUUGGAAACAAGACGAGGUCAGCAGACAGUGUUCUUCUCUAACCUUCCUGGCCCAGCCUGUCACCAUGAACCUUAAAGGCUGAAUCAACACUACAUUCACAUAGUGUAACACAACCAAGAGAGUGUUGAGGUCACAAAUGGGGUGAACGUUGCCCCAAUAAGUGGUGUUUUGCCUUUCACAGCAAUAUGAAACCUCUGCUGUGCACUGUGACGUACCUGAACAAUUCAACCCUUAGAGAGAAGUAGAGCUGUUGUACUGUCUAAUACUUGAACAGGAAAGAGGGACGAGACCUCUGGUAGAAAGAGAAACUACGUUGACAUGACGCUUACUUAAAAACUGGUUUGGGAAAAGUACCAAAUAUUUAAAGGGCAAACCCACUGGUGUUACACAGGAAGUCCUACUCACCCUGUGAAAAGAGACUUUGUGAAGUCUCUUAGGAGUGGUGUGAUUGCUUACAAAGUAAAUAGAACGAUACGAUUAGUUAAGAGAUUUGCCUUGAACUGCAUGAAUUGACACAAGGACAUAUUUAUGUUUCAACCUGUUCAUACUCAUUCCAGGGCUACUUCAUAGACAAAGAGAGAAAAGAGGAAAAAGAGAGUGCAGGAAAUAACUGAAAGAGCUACAUUUCCUGGGUUCAUCCAGAGGCUCAUCCCACAGAAGUUAUCCAUGCGUCCCUUGCUAGCUUACAGCUAACAUUUGUAUGUUUGUCAGUAAAUUGGCAGUUUUUGGGCGAAUAAACACAGAGCGUAUAAACGGCCCAGCACUCAAACUAAAAGGGGUUUGGUUUGGAGCUUGACCCAGUUACUUAAAGUCACUGCAAUGUGCCUCUGCAAAAAAAAUAUGUCACUCACAUGUCCUGCAAUUUUAUGAGAGUGCAAUACUGGAUCACAAAUACAUCAUACCUUGCCUAAAGCUGUUUGGGACCCGCGUUGUCGGCUGGAUUUUUCCUAUUACUCUACUGCUUCUGGACUUGGUGGCAUCGUAGGAUACCCAGAGAUCAAAACAGAACAAUGUUGCAGUGACUUUUAUUUUCCACCACUUCUACAUUCAUAGAGUUUAUGUUUUAUGCUGUAGAUGAGCCAAAAUGAAUCAACGUCUCCUCUUUAACCUGUCAUCGUGGUGCUAUGAGCUUGAUAUUCUGGUCAUUUCAGUCAACUUUCUAAAGUUUUAAUGUUGCUUAAAUGCUUAAAUUGCUUAAUGCUUCAGUAAAAAAGUGUUUCAACAAUUAUUAUUCUUCCCCCCAAGUGCACCAUGGGUAAGGUGAGGUAAAGAGGACAUGUGGGACAGAAGCUAAACUCACCACAUCAGAGAUUUUGGGUUAUUGCAAUGGUUACGUAUUGAUGAUAAGUUCACAUUGGCGGUUUGAUAUGAAA